AUGAAAGUCCUCACCAAGCGCGCCCCAGACACGCUCAUGGUGUACAAAGGCCUCUCCUUCUCCGACUACAUGGCCUUCGACCCCCCUACCUACAACAACCACCUCGCCGGCAUCUACCGCGAGCUCGAAAUGCUCUGCACCGUGCUCUCCCCCCACGCAAACAUCAUGCCGCCCCCCAUCGCCUUCGCAACCUUCCAGCAAGACCGGUCCGGCGAGCCCCUCAUAUGCGGCUCGCUGUACCCGUACUACCCCAAGCUCUCCCUCGCCGCGGCUAUCGGAGAAGCCGUCGAGUUCGAGGUGCAGAUCCCGCUCCACUACAAGGCGAAAUGGUGCUUCCAGCUCGCCUCCGCGCUCCACCACGCUCACACUGUCGACGGCACGUGGCACCAGGACCUCAAAACUGCCAACAUGUUGCUGGAUAACGACGCUAACGUCGUCCUCAUCGACUGGGAGCAGUGCGGUGCGAACUCGUUCGUUCUCGCCCCGGAGGCCAACGGCGAUUACGACCUCACCUUGGCUGAUAUGGCUGCUUCUGCGCUCAAAGGGGAUGAUGCGCCGGUGUUGUAUACUCGCUACGCAGGCCCUCAGCGGCGGAACAACUACAUUGGCGCCCCGGGGUGGAUUGUGUUUCCGGAGUGGAAGAAACAAUGCCCGAAGGCGGUUGAGUUGGCGGAAGUGUGGAGCCUCGGGAGCGUGAUGUGGCAGCUGUUGGAGCAGGUGGCGUUGGAGCACCUGCAUGAUAUUGUGGAUGUAUACGAAGAGGGGAUUAAGGACGGGGUUGUUUGGACGACGAUGACGGAAGAUAUACCCGAGAGCUGGAAGGAGGUGGUGGGGGCGUGUAGGCGCAAGGAGCCGGAUGAGAGGAUGAGGAUGAAGGAUGUGGUGGGUUUCUGGAGGGGGGAGGCGGAGAGAUUUGUGGGAUGA